AUGUGCAGGACUUCAGAGUCAAACCAACUGAAUCACAUUUACGUCAAUAACAAUAACCAGAAAACAAAUGAGUCCUCAAACCGAAGCUCACGGCUGUCGUGGUCUGACUCGACCAACAAUACGGCCAAUCAAACCAAUUAUAAGCCCAACAGUUGCCAAAACCCUUUACGAAGAGCUCAUAGCAGUAGUGGUGGCGGAAGUGCGGCGCCGGACGGGGGCUGGGGUUGGGUUGUGGUGUUCGCCUCAUUCAUGAUUAACCUCAUAUCGGACGGCGUUUCCCUCUCUUUCGGCAUUAUAUUCAUGGAAUUAGUCGACUAUUUCGGCGAAAGUAAAUCCAAGACCUCUUGGGUCGGCUCACUAUUCCUCUCCAUACCACUGAUCACAGGCCCGAUCGCCAGCGCUCUGACCGACCACUUCGGGUGCCGUCGUGUGGCGAUGUGCGGCUCACUCAUGUCGGCCACCGGUUUCAUCGCCGGCCACUUCGCCACCCGUUUGGAGCACCUGUUCGUGGCGUUCAGUUUCGCGGGACUGGGUUUGGCCCUGUGUUACGUGACGAGUAUAGUGUCGGUCGCCUAUUACUUCGAGCGCCGCCGAUCGCUGGCCACCGGUCUCGCCGUUUGCGGCUCCGGUUUCGGGACGUUUCUGUUCGCGCCGUUGACUAUAUUCCUGCUGAAAGAGUACGACUGGAGGGGAACUCUACUCAUAUUGGGUGCGAUAUUCCUCAAUAUCGCAAACUUCGGGGCCUUAAUGAGAGACAUCGAGCCGAACAGUGGCCACAACAACAACAACACCGCCGCCAACAACGCCGACACCUCCGCCGCCGACCUCGAGAAGGCCGACAAAACAUGUGAUAAUAGCGAUCCAAACGCACCGUUAGCUUACAAUAAGACGAUUAACAAGUUUUACAGCGAAGACCAUCAGACCAGAGAAGAGUCGCUGGAGUUGAUGAGCGCCGCCAACGGCGGCCGUUUGUGCUCAUCGUUGAUACACAUUCCCACUUAUAUCCGGCAAACGGAUGGCUCGACGCCCAACGUCUCCCACGAAGUGAUCACCGAAUUGUCGCUCAAAAAAGGCGGUUAUUUGCGACGACUUCUGCAGAGACACCCAAAACUGGUCGCCUUUUUCAUGCCUCAAGAAUACCAGAACCACGGCUUAGACCUGAACGCCAGCAAGACUUUGGUCACAAAUCAAUUGGCAUUCAUUGGUCAGCCAUUGCCGCUACCGUUGGCGCCGCCGCUAUUAUCGUCGUCUUCGUCGCCGAUCACCUCUCAAGCGAAGAAUCUGCGAUUUGAGACAAUUUCGUCGCCAAUUAGUAAUAAUAAUAAUAAUUCGUCUAAAAAUAUAUACAAUUCAAACAAAAAUCUCAACAAUUGUGUGAAUAGUAGUAAAAGGGAUUCAGUUAUCGAUUCAAAUGUCUUAUUGAAGAAUAACUGUCCGGCAAUCGGCGCCGAACUGUCGCCCCUCUCGUCAAACAUGUUGAGGAAUCUACGACUACAGAGGGGUAGUCUUACCUACAGGUCGGCUAUGCUUAACAUUAAAAAAUAUAGACUUCGGGCCUCAAGCGCUCCCGAUAUAUAUCGCAAUUCAAUGGUUGCCAUACAUCAGAAGAGCGGAUUUCUAUACGAUUUAAAGGAUGUGUUCAUUGAUAUGAUAGACGUCUCAAACUUUAAAAACGUCCCGUACGUCUAUUUGCCCGAUCAGGCCAUACGGUCGGGCGCGGCCGACAGUGAGUCCGCCUCAUUCCUCAUCUCAAUCAUCGGUAUUCUCAAUACAUUAGGAGUUGUUUUAGUCGGAUAUUUUGGUGAUAAACAUUGGGUCGAUCCGACCCUUCUGUACAGCUGUUUUAUAGCCAUAAGUGGCCUCUCGUUAUCGGUCUUACCGUGGGUUCACAACUACUGGGGAAUGGCGUGUGUGGCCGCUCUCUACGGGUUCACAAUUAGUGCAAACUAUGCGUUGGUUUCCGUUAUAUUAGUGAAUCUCAUUUCAUUGGAUUUGUUCACAAAUGCAUACGGAAUGUUGCUAUUAGUACAAGGGUUCGGGUCAUUGGUGGGCCCUCCCAUCGCAGGCUGGUUAUUUGAUUUGUACGGCAAUUAUAACAUAACUUUCCAUUUGACGGGAAUCUGUGUCUUCAUUUCGGGUGCAUUAGUGGUAGCGAUCGGCCGCUCAUCCAAAUGCGUGACCAUCGAUGACGACUCCACACAAGUGACUGAAUCGAGUAGUCGUCCCAAUAGUCCCCAAUUUGAAGACUCGGUUCACUCGAUGAGCGAAACUCAACACAACUCUCACAAGACAUCACUCGAUGUGCCAAAGAAUCGGCCAUUGAUUGCGAUCGACAAUGGAUUCAAUCCACCGAAGAAAGCAUUGCUCUCUAGUUCUAAGUCUUUAAUUAUAUAAUUAAUUGG